AUGGAUUCGGAGGACGAUAUGCACGAUGCGAACGAUGUUGAGUCACUGGACGACGAUUUCUACAGCGGAGACUAUGAAAUGGAAAAUUAUGGUGACAACGAUGAGAUGCCCGAUUUCGACUUCAUGGACAACGACACCGAUGACUCCGAUGAAGUCUCUGCCAGUCGGCAGCAGAACAAAGAGUGGCAACAAAGUUGCAAUUCAUGCAAAUCAUCUGGGUCUCCACUGGUGCCCACCAGUUUUUUUCUUGAUCAUCAACAUCCAUGGAGUGAAGGGGAGGAAGAAAAGGAGGGAAUCUCCACCGGUACCAACUGUGACAACCACCCACUUUGCAAUUUCAUCCUACUUGGGUUUAAAUCAAAGAAUAUGGGUUAUAAGUGUAAUUGUAGUGCAUUGGCGAUGAGUGUAACGGGGUUUAGGUUCUGUGCGAAACAGAAAACUUAUACCGUCUGGAAGGAAGAAGAUAUACGCCAGCGUCAAGAGGAUGAUAUUGCAAGAAUUUCUGCCGUUCUUUCAAUACCAAAAGUAGCUGCAUGCAUAUUGUUGCGCCGUUAUAACUGGGAUCUGAAUAACGUGUAUGAGGCAUGGUUUGCUGAUGAAGAUGGGGUUCGCAAAGCUGUGGGCUUAUUGGAGAAGCCAGUUGUUCAAUUUCGGAAUGAAGAACUGACCUGUGGGAUCUGUUUUGAAAGAUAUCCUCUUGAUGGGAUGCGUGCUGUUGCUUGUGGGCAUCCUUUUUGCGUUACAUGCUGGACAGGUCUUAUUGAAUGGGAUCGUAGGAUGAAAAGUAGGAGUAAAAAAAUCAAGCUACAAUUAAGGUUAGUUGGAUGGAUUUUGACUUCGUUCAAAUCUCUUUGGAAUAAGGUCAAUCAUAUGGAUUUUGGCUUCCUUUCAAUCUCUUUGGAAGUUGAUGAUCAAUGGAAAGUUUAUAUGAUCAGCAUGAGGGGAAUUUCGUGGCUGAUGCGUCGCGUAGUCGUCUCUCGUCGAUGA